AUGGAACUCAAAGGACUCGCAAACUUAGCCCGGGGCCAACCGGGCAUUCUCCACCAUAUUGUGAGUCGUUCUUCUCCAUCUGCAUCUCCAUCUCCAUCUCCACCUCCAACCUUGUCUCAUUCGAAUUCACCCGCGGCUCCCCCCCGCAAACCCCACACCCUGAUCUUCGUCGGCGGCCUAGGCGACGGCCUCGCCUCUGUCGAAUACCUCGGCGACAUCGUCCGCGCCCUCGACGCAACAGAAUGGACCGUCUUCAAUCUAAUCCUCUCCUCCUCCUACGGAGGCUGGGGCAUGGGCCGACUAGGCAAGGACAUCGACGAGAUCGCCCAAACAGUAAACUACGUCCGCGAAUACAAGACCCCCGUCUACGGCUCCGGCAAGGUAGUCAUCAUGGGCCACUCAACCGGCUCCCAAGACGUAAUGCACUACCUCAACUGUCCCAAUCCCCGACCCGCGCACCCGGUCUUUGACAAAGGCUGCCCGGGUGUGCUGCGUCCCCAGGUCGACGGCGCAAUCAUGCAAGCACCCGUUUCAGACCGCGAGGGUAUCCUUUGGGUAAUCAAGUGCGGCACGGCGAGAGAUAGCCCCGAAGCAAUGCGCGAACUAUACAAUAAAGCCGUCGCCGAUGCGCGGAAACACACAUACGAAGACAACGACUCGGUCGACACUGUCGUGCCGCUCUCCGUCACCGGACGAAUCGGUUACCCUCCCACGGCACCGGUCAGCAGUCGGCGGUUUUUGAGCCUCGUUAGUCCCGAUUCGCCGAAGGCACCGGAGGAAGAUGAUCUGUUCAGCUCGGAUUUGAGUGAUGCGCAGCUUGAUAAGACGUUUGGCCAGGUUGCGGGCCGGGGACUGUUGGGUCAUAAGUUGUUGGUGUUGUAUUCUGGUCGCGAUGCGUCUGUUCCGCCUUGGGUGAAUAAGGAGGCGCUUAUUAAGAGGUGGGAGAAGGCUAUUAAUACUGAGGAGCGGGAGUAUUGGGAUCGGAGGAGUAUGGUCAUUCCUGGGGCUUCUCACGCGUUGAGUGAUGAUGAUCAGGCGGAGCCGAGGAGGAUUCUUGUUCGGCAGGUUACGUCUUAUUUGAAGGAUAUUGAAAGCUCGUGA